AGCCGUUUGGACCAAAAGACGAUUCUUAGGGAGUACUGCAAGUUGCUUUGGAAAGAUAUUGACUCAAGUCGUGCCCUUUCCACUAGCGAUCCAUCUCUGCAGGAUGGGUUGGGUGCUCCUUACAUUGUAAUGGCUACUUCAAGGGUGGUUUUGCGUUGCAACUCGCAUUGUAAUGGCUGCUUCAAGGGUGAUCUUGUGAUUGUUUGCUGCGUUCAUUGCAUGGUGUUUUGCAACUGGUGGAGUGCUCCAGAUCGCACCUGAUUCUCAUCAUUCGCGUUGUGGGUGUCAACAAAAAGAGGCAGAGCAGAAGUUGAGUGGCAAGACUGCCCGGCCCAGGGAUUUUUAGCUGGGUCUCGGGUGAAGCGCAGAAGGAGGCCAUCGAAAUCAACCAGGCAUCAUGUGGCGCAUCUUGGCAACCUUGUUGUUCACCGCGGUGGCGGAGUUCACCCCGGACCAGUUGGAUAAGAUGGCGGAUUCUGUCCAAUCUUCCGCAGAGUCGUUGCAGGACAAGGUGGAGUCUUGGAAGAAUGCCAUCCUGCCCCUGUCCUCCUAUAUCCCGACGUUUGGCAGCCAAAUGAUGGCGGCUGCCGAUGAGGAGCAAAAGGCUGCAAUUCAGAAGCAGUUUAAGGCCAACAUGACAAAGAUGUGCAAGGACGUGCUCUCUUUGAGUGAGGUCGAGGCUCAAGUGUCCAAAGCCUCCGCUGACGCCAGGGAGACAGUCACCAAGGUCGAGGCUCAAAUGGUGAUGGCCCAGCCGAAUGACCCCGCCUACCAGCACUACUUGGACCAAGUCCAAAAAUCCAUCACCAGCCUGGAUGCUACAGCCACCUCCGCUGCGAUGUACACUUCAAUGAAACCAACUUGCCAAGCCCAGGCCCAUGUGGCAGCAGCCACCAGGUUGUUUCUCGAGAAGCCAGAAGUUGCCGGCUCCAAAUUUCAUCUUCCCUCAGCUUUGCUGGGAGCCCUUGGUGCUACCGUCAUUGGAUCUGCUUUGGUCCUCUUCCGCACCAAAGCCUCCAGUCGCUCCCAGGUGGCGUUGAUGGAGGAGGGCAACUUGGAGUGAUCGCCGAGCUCGUGGCAGCUGCUCAUAGCUGCUCCUGAUGGACAAACGUUUCGUCAGAGAGUUGCAGAUUGGUUGAACCGAGCCACGCUCCAGGUUCAGUGACUGAUAUCCUUUCAACUCAUUCGCCUGCAACUUCCGUCAUUUCCAGUGGUUCA